GGGAAAGAGAGGGGGAGUGCGUGAGUCAGAGCGAGUCCCACGGAAACUUUGGUUAUCAGAGUGCACGGACUGACACUUUUCCCUUCGCCGUCAUGUCCAACAACAGCGCGAGCAACAGUAACCUGGCAAUCGCACAGAAAGCCGUUAAACAGCUGCGACUUGAAGCAAGUGUCCGCAGAAUCAAGGUGUCCCAAGCCGCGGCGGACCUGAAGACCUACUGUCUGCAGAACGCACACAAGGACCCGCUGCUAAUGGGGGUCCCAUCCAGCGACAACCCCUUCAGGCCGCCGAAAUCUUGCUCCCUCUUCUGACACACAGCAGGCGAAGCUGGUGAACCCCUGGGACACUUCGGGGCUCGCAGCCCUUUUCCCUCCCCUCCCACCCCUCUUUCCUCCCUCCCCUCUUUCAUCCCUCAUGUCACUCUCGUCCUCCUCAAGAAGGCACUUCCCCGGUGGGAGGAGUCUCCACAGCCUGCCCGAACGUCAGUGGACUUCACCGUGAUCCCCUCACAAAAUAACCCGCCCACACCCAACCUCACCCCUCCUUCAAUGCACUCACCCAAAAAAAAUAUAAUGAAUAUAAGAAAAUAUAUAUGUAUUGUGUCAAAAUGGAUUAUAGUCCAUUAUAAGUAAUUGCACAUUCUGUAGUAGAAUAAGUCUGUGUUACUUUAGCGCACAGAAUUUUAGAGACCCAUGACACUUCUCCCUUGUUUCCUGUGCACUGUACUGUAACUUUCAGGGGUAGGUCAGCACCAUGUACCAGCUGACCUGCAGUAGAUUUUCACCUUGGUCAGUAAGGAAACCUGGAGCUAUUAUGAGGGAACCUUAAAAUGUUCCCUUGCUCUGUUUGGAGCAUAAGACCAUCUUCUUGUUAAUGCAAUAUCAAAUCUUUACACUUUUUACACAAUAACCCAGCAAUGGCCCAGUGUUACACUACUUUUUAUUCUUCAAAUCUUUGCUGAUAAUUACACAUGUAAACUCUCACAUAACAAACAGCACACUAUUUGUAUGAAGAAUACUAUUUCCCAUUGAUAUUUAAAAAUAUACUUUUACCAAAUACUCUUGACAAGGAGAAAGCAGGUAUUGAAUGAGACGAGCCCAUUCUUAUGAGAAUUAACAAGCUGUUUUGCGUCAAAAAAAAAUGUUGAGUAAUAAAAAACUGAUGUGCAAUAGGACUUUUUUAGACAACAUAAACCAAGUUCAAAAACAUUUGUCUUGCAGCUCAUACUAGUGGCAUCUAUAAUAAAUGGCACCCACGUUGGAGGUGGACAUAUUAUCCUUCUGCCAUUACAACUUUAAUUAUAAUUCAUUGUAUUAAGACAGGAGGAGUAGCAGAGCGUGUGGAUAAAUUCUCACAGCGACAAAACGGUACGAAAUCCACCAGAGCUGGAAACGUUCUGCUCGAUAAGCAGUUUGAGACCGAGAUGCACAAAAGAAUAACAUUAAGGCCAACAGUACGCGUAUAAAGAGCUCCGUUUUCUGCCUCGCCUGAGACACAGGAAGCUACACUAUAGGCGCCCGAGGUUUCGAGCUGCGCGGCGCAUACCAUACGCAGAUGGACACCAUGUGGGCGCUUCACCUAAAAGCUACGCGGCAGCACAUACCGUACAGUACAUACCAUAGAGAGCCUGGGACCGUGCGGGUAUCUCACCCGUGAACUACACAGCAGUACUUACCACAGAUAUUCAGAGACCGGGCACGACAUAGCAGCACACUGCCACACAGUGCAUACCAUGCGCGCUUAUACUAUAUGGUUAUCUCUCCCUGUACCUGCUCUUUUGGAAUUCAGGUAGUUUGACAGAUUUGUCCACCCUGUCUUUUUUUUUGUUAUUCAGUGAGUGCCAGUGCUUUGUCUUGUCCUUCUCUUUACCAUUGCCUCCGGCACCAUAAUUACUCAGGUUUCGACGAGUCCACUUCUUUUUUCAGUUUUUUUUUUCAGUUCAUCAGAAAUUCUAAGCUCUGUUUAGGCCCUUUGAGGAGUCUCACUCCUUCACUCCCACUCUUCUGUGCAUCGACGGCUUCUGUGUACAACAGGAUGUUGUCAUUGUGCUUUGCAUACUCUCAUGUGCCAAUAUUUGUAUUACUUGAAAGGUAAAGAAAGGUUUUUGGUAAAUAUGUACAAGUGUAUUUCUUCUCCAUGUACAGAAGGUAUUUCAGCAAAUUAUAUCCUUGAAUUAUUUUGGUUACACCUGAAGGUAUGGACAUAAACAAACUGUGUAGUUACAUUGCAGCAGUUAACCUUGAAGCAAAUUAUGGGAUGUAGGAGAAGAAGAAUUAGAAGGCGAAACAGCAAAUGGACUGUGGCUCUAAAAAUACCCUUUAGGAUUUUUAAAAUGUCAAUGAUGUUUUAUAAUCAGCCCUGUGUGUAAAAGGGUAGCAUUUAAUACCAAAAUGUUACCUUUAUAAAUGAUGUAACGCUGUUACUCUCCUGUGCCUUAACUCAAGUUUUUGUUAAUGCCCGUAUUGUUGAUGUUAAGCUCUCCAUAUUGUUCGGUUGUGGCAAUUAUUAAAACCAUUGUUGUUUCAUGA